GCGCAGGAGCGCUACAUGCGGGCCAAGGACGCCAAGCAAAGCACGAAGCCGCACUCGGUCCAGCUCACCCAGGCACGGGCUGCCAGGGAGAAGCUCGAGAAGGAGGAGGCGGCAAUCUAUGGCGAGGUCAAGCGGCAUCAGAAGGCAAUGCAGGAGGCGCAGGAGAAGCUCGCCAAGAAAAGGGAGCAGCUCGAGGUCGCAAAGGCCAAGGAGUCGGAGCUCAAGGUGCAGGACGCCUCCAUCAAGGGUAAAGGCUUCCUCACGGCGAUGCAGAAGCAGUACGAAGGGGCCGUCGAAGGACGCGGCAUCAGCAAGGAGGAGCACGAGCACGUGUUCGCAGCACUCGCCAGGGUGCUGGACAACGUCAGGGAGGAGCCCAAUGAAGACAAGGACGGCAUGGACACUGAAGAGGCGCAGCCAGAGGAGGGCAGGCUGGACGUGAGCAGGGACCUCAACUAUCGCCAGAAGAACAAGAGUGGCUACAUGCAGGUGGGGUGCCCGAGGCGCCGCCAGAACAAGUUCGAGAGCCUCACCCUGUGGACGUUCAACGGCUCGGGGUGGGGCACCAUCAAAGAGAAGAUCGAGAGCUCAGAGGGGGGCAAGCUGCAGUGCUACGCAGUGCAAGAGCAUCGCCUCACGGGCGACAAGAUCGCGGUCGUGUCGCAGAGCAUGAAGGCGAAGGGGUACCAGUUUUGGUGCAUCGGCAUGACAUACACGUUUGGCAAGGAGAAGCGGGACCUGUCACCGCGAAACAGUCCAGGAAGGGCUGCAGCGGCAUGGCUGUCGGUCGGAAAGGGCAUCAUCUACGCGUCGGUCUGCCUGUGGACGGCGGAGGGGAUGUCGUUCAGGAACACGGAGAUCAUCAACAAGGUGGAGAGCGUCAAGAUGGUCAAGGGGCGGUUUGUUGCGUCAGGGGCCAGUUGCGGCACGUGCAGACAUGCGUACGGCGUGAGCGAGAUCGAUUACAUCAUCGUGGCGGACACCCUCGUCAACCAGGUGAUGUACGCCAGAGUGCGGGAGGAGUGGCCGUCGGCGCCCCGCAAGCCAGCGGGGCUCACACUCAGGCUCAAGGCGCAGGAGCGAAUGGUCAGGGUCUUGGAGAAGCCGAAGAAGCUGCCAGAGCUGGGCAUUGGAUGCGCCCCAGCGCCGCCGCAAUAUCAAGAAAUUGCGAGCUUCAGGUCGCAGGAGGUGGCCAACCAGGAGCGGAGGCAGUGCAUGCAGACGUUGGAGCAGGAGGCCUUCGCAGCACGAGGACUCGAAUGGGCACCCGAUCACCCUGCAGCAGGGCGGGCCGAGGAGCCGACAUGGAGGGUCAAGCCGCUAAGUUUCGGUGGAGCCAACGUGCCGUCAGCCGCCAGGGAAGCAGUCUGGUGGAGGUGGCUGGCGAGGACGCUACAUAACUUGCAGGGGGCAUACGCGAGGCUCAAGCAGGCGAGAACUGGCGACAUCCAGAGGCACCGACAGGUGCGGGCUGCUGGCCGCUGGGCGAAGCUGCAGCAAUGGAUGCAGGAGAGCCAGGGCAAGCUGAAGGAGCACGACCAGAAGCUGCUCAAGGAGAGGCGAGCACGCUGGGCAGACAAGUUGCAGGAGGCGGCAGCAGGAGCAGCUGGUGGUUUACACAAACUGAGCAAGGCUGCACAGGUAUGGAGACCACGCAGGGCAGGCUCCAUGGAGGACUCGGCGGACCCCAUCGAGGCAGCGGGGUACACCCUCAAGGAGUGGAACGUGGUCUGGAGGGUCGGCGAGCAAAUCCAGAAGGUGGAGCGGCCGUGGGAGCGCGAAGAACGUGACAAGCUCGAGCCCUUCACAGACCAGGACGUCGACAAGCUUAAGGAGGUAGCUCGCACCUUCAGGAAGAAGACGGGGGUUGGAGUCGACAGGUGGCACCCCUCUACGUUGCAGGGUGCGUCGGACGAGGCCUACGUCAGGCUGUUGGACUUCUACAUGGAGGUGGAGCGGACGCUGCGCUGGCCCAUCCACAUGGGCACUGUGUUUUUCUUCAUGACCCCGAAGACCUACACCGCGGACAGGGUCAUCGGGCUGCUGCCCACUGCCAUCAGAGUGUGGGAGAUCAUGCGAGAGCCGUACAUGGUCGAGUGGGCCAAGAAGAACUAUCGGAGUUGGGACUGCACGAGCUACGGCAAGGCGGCGGAGGACGCGGCCUGGGAGGUGCUGCUCAGCCAUGAGAUGGACGAUGUCGAGGAGCAGAGCGAGGAGACGCAGGCGACGGUCACGGCGGUUCUGGACCUGGUAAAGGCAUUCGAGAAGGUCAGCUUGCACUUGUUGUGGGAAGCGGGUAAGCAGCUCAAUUUCAACACAGGGGUGCUAGCAGUGGUGUGCUCAUACUUCGCCAUGACCAGGCGCCUCAUCGUAGGUGACUCGGUGUCCAGUGAGACCGAGACGGUCACCGCCAUCAUCGCGGGCAGCCAGUUCUCGGUCUGUUUCCUGAAGACGGUCAUUCAGUGCACGGUGGGUGGCCUGGUGGUCGAAAGACCGAGGGCGCGCUGGAGGAUGUACGUGGGCGACCUGCGCGUGCGGCUGCGACAGCAGCAUAGGCACAUAGUCACGGAGUUCGGAGAGACAAUGGACAGCUGCUUCCGAGGCUUCGAGAGGUCAGGCCUGAAGUUAUCCGUGGGCAGCAAGGACACAUGUGCAGUGAUGGCGGGCACCAAGUGGGCGCGAAGGGCCGUGACAGGGCCGAUGCUGGAGCGAGGUUUGCCAGUGGUGAGGGCAUGUCCAUACUUGGGGGCCGACAUCGUCACGCACGGCACGGCGGUGAAGACCAAGAGCGGCAAGAGGCACGCGACCAUGAAGGAGGGCGUCGAAUUGAACAUGCAGGAGGUGUGCCACAUGGACAUCGCGGCGAUGUUGCGCAAGGACGUGCAGGCAACCCUCUGGGAGGAAUGGACGCAGGCGGCGGAGUUCAAGAGCCUGAGCCCAAUGCCGUUGCUGGCGCCAGCGAUCGCGCAGUUACGUGCACGUGGGUUCCCGAAGCACGCGAAGAACGCGGCGAAGAAGGUCUUCGUCGGAGGUGCGUGGACUAUGGAGAAGCUGUGCAGGUGCAACAUCGUGCCCACGGACAUUUGCUUGGCCUGUGGAGAGGCGGUGGGCACCGAGCACCGCCGGUACUACAAGUGCGACGCGCUCAGGAGCCAGAGGCUGCAGGCGUUGGCGGGCUGGCAGCACGUGGCGGAACAGCAGGACACCAACAUGCUGUGGACGCGCGGGCUGGUUCAGGUCGCCAGAGGCGACAUUGUCUGCGACGGCUCGAAGCUCGGAUACAGCGACUGGGCGCAGACGGGCUGGGCAGCUAUGUCCCUCAACGACAAUGGCACUGCGAAGAUGCAGAUGUGGGGCCCGCUGCCGUGCUCGUUACCGAUCCACAGGAGAGUUAAGAGAGCCGAGAUGUGGGCCUUCCUCAAGGUGCUGGAGCGAAUGCUGCCGCCAGGACGAGUCUAUACAGACCACAAGGGCAUCGUGGAAGGCUUGCAGAGAGGAGAGCGGUUGUGCACGAGCUGGAAACGUCCACACGCAGACCUGUGGCGAAGGAUCUGGCACAAGGUGAAGGACAUGGACCUUGAUAUUCACUGCGUGAAGCACGUGAAGGCCCACAGGUCCAAGAGCAGGAUCGAGCAGCUUGAGGGCGAGGACCUGAAGAUAGCGAAGGGCAGCAGUGAGGUCGACCUGCUGGCAAAGGCGGGCGCGGAGAUGGAUGCACACUACGGCAAGCACCAUGCGCUGGAGGACCUCGCAGGGCGAGUGCGAUGGGCGCUGCAGAACAUUGGUUGGUGGUACCAAAAGAUGGGCGGUACGUGGCCAGACGUGCCGCCAAAAGAAAAAGGUGUGCCGAGGCGAAAGGUGCCGAAGCCGAUGCUGACCCUGACCGAGCACGACGUCGUGGAGACGGGCGGUUGGCAGGUGUGCAUAAG